CUGUACUGAACUGGUUCUACAGCUAUGGCCAUUUCUUGGCACAACACCCAUUUUGUUUUCUGAUCAUCCCAAUAUUGAUAUGUGGAGGACUAGCUGUUGGAUUAACAAAUCUACAGCCAAAGGAUGGAGUUGAAUAUCUUUAUGCACCCAGCAUAUCAAGAUCCAUUGAUGAACGAGACAUUGUCCGGCAGACUUUUACAGACAAGUCUGAUACCAAUUUUAGCCCAUUCAGUUUGAAUGAAUUGGUUCCAGAAUCAGAGAUCAUCUUCAGAAGUAAGAAAGAGAAAUCCAUUUUAACAGGGGAGGUGCUUCAGGAGUUGAAGGUGAGUGUAAUUGGAAUUUUUUUUUUUAAACAUCAUGUGUCAUUAUUUAUUCUGUUUUAUAAUAUACUUUUUUUUAACUCUUUGAGUCCCAGAGGGUUUAACAUCACAGGCCCAAGGGGUAGUCAAAAGAAACGUAAAAUUGGUGCAUCGUGC